UUUAGCUUCUAGCUUUGCGAUAAUUAAUUAAUUCUAAAAAAGAAUAUAUAGAAACUGGUGACGAGUAUUGUUGUCAAGUUUUUUAAGAAUAACUUUUCAGGUUUUCUUGAUUCCUAAAGGUUGCAAAUAAUGGCUAAUAAUAAUUAUGCCGGUUUUAGCUAUGGCGGGACUCAAUAUGGCGCAGGAGGUGCCGGAUACAAUCCAGGGCAGGUAUCUUAUCCAGCUGUGACAAACGCUACCUAUGCUAACGCUGCUGCGUAUCAAUCUGCUGCUGCUGCUGGUCAAGGUGGUUAUGCAGCUGCUGGCGCUUCGGGAGCGGGCGGCUAUGCAGGUUACGGCGACUAUGGUCGCGCACUUCCUGCAUAUGACGCAUCGAAAACAUUUUAUCAACAAGCGUCAGCUAGCUACAACACGGCUCCAGCAGCUACAGUUAGUAAAACGCAUUAUUCGGCUCCACCCGUAAAAAAUAUAAACGCUGGUUCCAAAGCCGCUGGUGUUAAAGAUAAAACAAAUGGAGCUGCUAAAACAGUAGCCACUCCAGCAGCUACCACUGCUACGGCUGUUAAUGCGUACAGUAAUUACGAGUCGGCUCUUUAUAGUGCAGCUUCAAUGUAUGUUGCUCAACAGCAACACCAACCCGGCGCUGUUAAACCGAAUGCUAAUGGUGCCUCAGCCAAUAGUUGGCAGUAUAGAGCUCCAAAGGGCGCUGCAGCUGGUGGUGCAAAUGUAGCACGUCCACGCACCAAGCCACCGCCGCGACCGCAACAAUUACAUUAUUGUGAGGUAUGCAAGAUCUCAUGUGCGGGACCUCAAACUUAUCGUGAGCACUUGGAAGGUCAAAAGCACAAAAAGCGGGAGGCAUCUUUGAAAAUGCAGGCCACUGCACAGUCUGCAGCUCAAAAUCGUGGUAAUAAUUACCACUGUGAGCUUUGUGAUGUUACAUGCACUGGUACUGAUGCCUAUGCUGCUCAUGUACGUGGGGCAAAGCAUCAAAAAGUGGUUAAGCUCCAUCAGAAACUUGGCAAACCAAUACCCCCAGAUGAGCCAAAGAAGUUAUCUAAAAUCAAUUUUGUCCCAGCCAGUGGUUCUACUGAAAAUACAGAGAACGUUGAAGGCGAAAAUACUAGUGUCAACGAGAACGAUAAUCAAGAUGAUAAUGCUGCAUCCGGAGAAAACACUGAUAAUAUUAAACCGGUUGGUGGCGAGUAUAUUGAAGAAAUUAAGGAUGAUGAAGGAAAGAUCCUAAGCUUCAAUUGUAAACUAUGUGAUUGCAAAUUUAACGAUCCCAAUGCAAAAGAGAUGCACAUGAAAGGACGAAGACAUCGCUUACAGUAUAAACGGAAGGUUCAGCCGGAUUUGGUGGUCGACUUUAAGCCCACUCCACGUCAAAGACGACUAGCUGAAGCACGUGCCCAACGUGCUCUUAUACAAUCGCACCGAGGUGGUAAUGUUGGUUUCGGUGAUGAACAUGAGAGUAGUGGCGGAAUGUAUUGGGAUGAACAACGUCGCCGGGCUCAGUACGAUGACGAAUAUGAUUACAGCAACUGGUUGGCACGUAGCUUUGCUGGUGCUCAACGUGGAUUUGGUGGUCGCAUGGGUAAUGGUCCACCACCAUUCUUCGGAAUGAUGCCUGGUGGGGGUGGAAGUAUACGUCGUCCUGAAAGUACCGAUGAUCGUCAUGCAAUUGCUCGUCAUGCAGAGAUUUAUCCCAAAGAGGAAGAAUUGCAAACUAUACAACGCAUCGUAUCACAUACUGAACGUGCUCUUAAAUUUGUGUCGGAUAAACUUGCCGAGAAUACAGAUGAAAAGGGACCAGCUAAUAAAAAAGAAAAACUUGAGAAUGCUCAAGUAAAGGACGGACGCGAUAAUCAAAUGUUAUCAUUCCAAAAAGAGGCUGAUAGCGGAAACGUACGCAUUCUUAAGGGCGUAAUGAGAGUCGGAUUUUUGGCCAAAGGUCUUUUAUUACAGGGGGAUAAUGCAGUUGAAUUAGUGGUUUUAUGUUCUGAAAAACCAACAGUUGGAUUACUAAAACGUGUGGCCGUUGAAUUGCCAUCUAAAUUAAAGGAAGUGGCAGGAGAAAACCCAGUUGAAUAUACGGUUGAAGUUGUAGGUCAAGACUCAGCUGUCAUCGUGCGAGAUGAUGUAGUGUCCGUUAAGAUUUCACUUACUUCGCCCCUUUUGCGCGAAGCUACACAGGAACCCAAAAAUGAUGCUGCUAACGUUAACGGAGGAACAGGAGAUCUUGCACUACUGCCGCGCGAACCGUGUCUAAAGGCUUUAGCUGAAUUGCGACACGCCAAAUGGUUCCAAGCACGCGCCACUGGGCUUCAAUCCUGUGUAAUGGUAAUACGUAUAUUGCGUGAUCUUUGUCAACGCAUCCAGUCGUGGCAGGCAUUACCACAGUGGUCCCUAGAAUUGUUGGUUGAAAAAGUGAUCUCGUCAGCUGGUUUCCCAAUAUCUCCAGGUGAUUGUCUUCGUCGUAUAAUGGAGGCUUUGGCUUCUGGUUUUCUUAUUAAUGGACCGGGACUCUUAGACCCAUGUGAAAAGGAAGCUCAAGAUGCUUUGCAUGAUUUGACUAAGCAGCAGCGCGAAGAUCUAACCGUUUCGGCACAAUUGUUUUUGCGUUACAUUGCAUUCAGGCAAAUUUACAAAGUCCUUGGAAUGGAUCAGUUACCGGCACUGAAAUUUCCUAUCCGACCAUGGCGCUUAAACCGCAAACGCCGCCGUUCUUCUGGCAAAGGUGGACCGGGUGGUGAAACAGAUAUGGCUGAAGGUGAAGAAAGCUGUACCGAUGAGAAAAUAUCUAAAAAAGAUAUCACAACUUAAUCUCAUAAUAAUACAAAUACCGCGUUUGUAGUUUUAAAUUUCAAAUGAUCGUCUCUCACAUAUUAAAAUAUAUAAAUGUUUAUCGGUGGAUACAUUGGAAACUGAACCGCUUCAUCCACAUAAAAUAGUAAAAAAAAAUAAUCUGGAAAUUACUUAUAACAUACCGCGUGUUUACCAAUAAUUUUGAAUUAAAAAUGUAAACACUAUUGCAAUUAUGAUCAAUAAAUAAUGCCACAUAAUUAAUAAUCAUAA